UUUCUGAAGGGUUUUCGAUAAUUGGCCAUCAAAGUGUUUUCAUUGAACUUUCUAGCACAUACUCGAAACUUCACGAGUAAUCACGACGGAAACAAAGAACAUCAUUUCAAGCCAACUCUGAAGACAAAUCCAAAGCUGAAUUUCUUUGUCAUAAAAUCGUCAUAAAAAUGGCAACACCAUUAUUUGCUGGGAUUACUGUUGCUGCUGCUGCUCUUGCUGGUAGAUAUGGAAUACAAGCUUGGCAAGCAUUCAAGGCACGUCCGCCUAGACCUAAAAAGUUUUUUGUAGGUGGCUUCCAACCCAAGAUGACCAAGAGGGAAGCGGCUCUUAUCCUUGGCGUAAGGGAGAGUGCGGUUGCAGAGAAGGUGAAGGAAGCUCAUAGAAGGGUAAUGAUUGCAAACCAUCCGGAUGCAGGUGGAAGCCAUUAUCUUGCCUCUAAAAUCAAUGAAGCUAAGGACAUGAUGGUCGGGAAGCCCAAAGACAGCGGCUCUGCCUUCUAAUGCCAUUUUAUGUUGACCCUCGGAUAUAAGAUUAUUGUCUGUUCCUCUUCACCGAAACCAUGGCUAAAUGCCUACCCCUGUAUGUUUAAAGUGAACCAAGGAACUCAGAUGCCCUUCUCUUUAGAUAAGGAAAGGUGAUUGAGCAUACACAGGUUGCAGUUGGCUGCAAUUUUAGAACGUGUACACUAUUUGACUGGUAUAAGACAACACCAAAGCUAUUGGAUUUAAAUGACACUGUUUUCUUGUCAUGUUACUGUUAUUUUAAGCUAUUUGGAAUAUAAGCCUUAGGGAAUUUUAACUUGUACUCCCGAGGUUUCCACGAACGUAGCAUGUAAAUAAAGCCAACGUUUGAGAAGUUUGAAUACUCUUCGUACUUACUUUAUGCUGUUUUAAAUUAUCAAUAAAAUUAUAUACUUGGUAUUCCAUA